AUAACUAGACGCCGUCGUCCCGUCGUGCGGUCGUGGUACUCGUGGUCGUAUGAACGCUUAAGUUUAAGCAACGCAGCAUUAACGCGCGUUGUGGCGAGCAUAAGCAGAAUAUGCUACCCGUGGUGUGCGCGGCUCGUUUGUUAUUGUAGUGACCUUGGUAACCGCGAAAAUCAUCCGCCCAAUGUUAGUUAUAGAUAUUUUCAAGAAUUUCCACGUGCACUCGUUUCUGAUCAUAAUCUUCCUGAUGCUUGUCCGUGAGUUUUGCACGCCCGACGAGAUGCCGGCUAUCGUUGGCGUUGACUUCGAGGUUUAUGGCAGAGUACAGGGUGUAUUCUUCAGAAAGAUGGAGAGCGAGGGAAGGUUCAGCUGCGGCGAUCUGCCGCCGAAGCAGUGCUCAAAUACUCGAGCGAUCCACGAGACCGAAUUGGGUGUGCUGAAGAGUUCUGUACACGAAACAAGCAGUAGUCCGCCAUCUGGAAGUCGCGCUGGUGUUGCUUGCCACAACGGAGCAUGCAAAGCACACGGGUUACGACCGCCGCAUCAUAGGAUUGAAAAUCCAUGGCAUUACCUCAAGACCAUCUUUCUCGUCUCUAUCAUAUUCGCUUUCAUCGUCUGGAUCAUCGUCUACGUGCUUCUCACUCAGUACGAAGUUUUGUGAUUUCAACGGCCAAAAGUGAUACCUUCCUUCUGUUGAACGUGACUGAUCGAAGAGAGCUGAUAUAUUAUCCGAGUCUGUGUGUACGCGGAGUGAGAGGCUGAGAGAAAAUAUUGUAAUGUAUUGGAAGGAUGUUAAUUGUUAAAUCAACAAAUGACUAAUGCGCCGGCUAGUGUGUGGUAACAGAAGUUGAGUUCGCCUAGAGGAUUAUGGGCAAAACAAGAGAAACGAAGUAACUGUGAAUCGCAACGCAAACAAUGUUAUGCACGAAAUCAGACGAGUAACGAACGAUUGUGCAAUUGUUAGUUCGUCGCUUCGGCCUGAACAGCCCGUUAAAAUCACUUUGAGAUGUUAUUGUAACGGGCUCGAUUUGCGUUCACGUGUGCGGUACAUUUCUGAAAUAACUCUGAUUUUCCGCUGUAACUGUACAGUUGAAAAUUUUGCCUUUUAUACGGUGAAACGUUGCUUGGAAAUGCGUAUUUUUCUGGAAAAUUAGCCCUAAACCGCGCGUUAAAAGAAUCGCGUCGAAAACCAAAAGAUAUUAUGAGAACCGUUACUAAUGUUUGCGGUAUAAGCAUUUUCACGAUGAUGGUAAUGCUAUGAAUGCAUUUAGAUUUUUAUUUAUUAAGUCACUGCGAAUCGCCGAUUAUGUUGUCUAUGACAUUUAUUUUUACCUUCUUACCUAAGCAAGUUUUAAGAUUUGUUAAAAAUAUGCACUAUAAAAGUAGUUUUUACUUGAAAGUUAUAGAUCAAAAGAUAAGUUUACCGGUGGUUUUUCAAUAUCAAUUUAAUAUAAUUCUUUAGUUUACACAUGGUGCGAUUGUAAAUAUUUUAAACGCCUUGCUUUUAAAUUAGUUACAUUCGAACAAAGUAAUACUUCCGUUUUAUCUCCGAUUUGUAUAAAUUUAUACAGCAGAAUUUUUGAAGUAUUUUACAAGCAUACCUUUUUUAAAAAAUUUGUUGGCGGGUACAAUAAACAAUUAUAUUUAUAUA